CAGAAAAGAAAGAAAUCUCAUCAUCUUCAUCCAUACUAGUAAAAAAUUAUGGUGAUAUCUACUUCAAUACCCAAGACACUGAAAGUGCUGUAAAAUUUUUUGAAAAACUCGGAAUUCUUUCUCUAAUACGCUUCUGCACCAAAUGCCAAAAACCAAUGCGUAAAGCAAAAGACCAUCACCGUAAAGAUAAUCAAAAAUGGGCCUGCACCUCAAAAACUGCUUGUAGUUAUUCAACUACUUUAAGGUCGGGAACAUGGCUAGCUAACUCCAGACUAUCUCUAGCUCAAAUUGCUAAAAUCAUAUUUUGUUGGUCUUAUAAACUGCCCCAAAAAUUUGCUGUUGUUGAAGCUGAG